AUGUUUCGCUUCUCUCUUUCCGCGCGGCAGGCGUCGAAGCGCCUGAUCGCAGAGCUUGCGAGCAUUACUGCCAAGAAGGAGGCCGGCGACGGCAAGCCGAAGGCGGCUGCCGCUGCUGCUGCUGCUGCCGCCUCUGAGACCUCCGCGGCAGCCUCAACGGCCCCUCCCGCAUCGACGGGGGACGCCGCGGAGGCCUCGGCGGCAGCAGCGACGGUGCGGGCGGCGGCGGAGAGCGCCAUGCGGCAGAAGGCAAACGCGGAGCCGGUUGUGGCGUCAAAACUCGCGAAGCUCGCCAGGAGGCUGCGGAAGCAAAAGGCAGCAAGGGCCGACGCGACGCCCGGCGAGCCCGCAGGCGGCGACGUCGCGGCGCCACGCGUCGGGUCGACUGAUGACGCCGGCGAUGCCCCGUCGUGUGCGGCGGAGGCGCCGAAGGGCGCGGACCCCGCCGACGGCCCUGCGAGCAGCGAGGGACGGCCGCCGCCGCCGCCGCCGUCGAAGAAGAAGAAGGGCAAGAAGAAGACGGCGACGGCGCCGCCCACGUCAAAGCCCCACGGCCAAGAGGAGAAGGGGGACGCAAAGGCAACUCCCGCCGUCGCUUCUCCUCCUCUUCCCCCUGCAGAGGCUGCCGCGGCGGCGGAGGGGGUCCGGAGGCAGCCUAAAAUGGAGCAGCGGAAAGAAGAGGCGACCACCGCGACUCCUCCGCCGACACCAGAGAAGAGUGCGCCGUCGCAGAAGAAAACUCCGAUGAUUAAGGCGUUUCGCAUCGAGGAUGUGCUUUCGGCGUGUACCCCAAGCGAUGGCGUAUUCGCACGGCGGCUGCCACAGGGCGGGUGCCAAUUCUUUGCCUGGCCCGGUACGCCACUUGCCAUCGCCAGCAACGCCGUGUCCACCAUGCCUGACACGAUUCGCACCGUGCACGCCAUCUUUGGUCGUGAGAAGACGCCCAUUGACUUGGUGCUGGACAUUGACUGCCCCGUGCCGCCGGAGCACUGGAGCAUGUCAAAGGUUCGCCCAUUUCAAAAGAAGCUGCUGGACGAUACCAUGACGGUGCUGGCGGAAGAAAUCGGGGCCAUUGGGGAGAAAAUCGCCUCGCAGGUUGUGCUACAGUCGCCAAACCUGAAGAAGGCCUCCUUUCACGUCCACACAAAGCUGCGGGAUGCGGCCUUUGAGGACUACCACUCCCUCCACGGGUUUCUUCAUCGGUUUCACAAGAAAACCCCACACGUUGAUCUGCAGAUAUACCGCCCGAACGGAAUGCUGCGAAUGCAUCGCUGCAUGAAGGAAAACCACACAAGCGCGAUAACUGUGUAUGAGGACAAGAAGUGGAACAUUGGCUUCCCGAAUGGUGUCGUGCCCGACGCCGUCGCAGCGCUCCACUCCGCCUGCGUACGCGAGAGUGGGACGUACUCGCGUCUACUUCACUUUGACGCCCCACGAACACAGACAGUUCCCGAGGAGGGGGCAAGCGCCGGUGCCGGCGGGGUUGCGAAGGGGCCGGCGACGAUUCCACGCGUUUUGCUCCCCCUCACCGAGCGGGAGGCGGUGGAGACGGUCUCCAUGUGGCUUCGCACCGGCAUGCAGGAGACAGACGUUGGUGACUGGCGUUCGUGGAUCAAGCUCGGCAUCAACGCCUUCCGCAUUGCCCACCACUUCCGCGACGCCCAGUCGUUGGAGCGGCCUGCCAUGGAGGAGUUGCUCGAUGCGUGGGUGGAGGCCAGUAAGAAGUGCCCUACAAAGUAUAGGCCCGGCAUCUGCGAGUCCAAGUGGAGCAGCUUUGAUAUUGACAAACUUUGCAAGUUGCAGGACAACGAUUGGUGGAGUUCGUACCAGCGCAUUGGGCGCAUAGCCGCGUUGAACAAGGCGGCAGGGGCGGGCGGGGCAGCAAAGGCGGCGCCGUCGACAACGGCAGAACGGAGCUGA